AUGGCUACUUUACUUGGAUUGGGACUGUCUGUCACCUUGACGUUUCUCCUGGUCUCCUAUUUUCCUGACUAUUCGAUAUCUGGAUCGUUUGCAUGGACACUACCCGCUCUAUUUGCAGUUUAUCUAGUCCUACGAGGAUUUUAUUUCGUCAUAUUAUACCCUAUAUUCUUCACGCCAUAUAGACAUAUACCCGUUGCUCCAGGCAGAAGCAUUUGGAACGGCCACUUUAAAAUCUUGCAGUCAUCAUCACAAGGCGCCCCCAGUGCGAAAUGGACACGAGAAGUUCCGAAUAACGGACUUAUCCGCUUCUAUUUCAUGCUGAACCGAGAACGGCUGCUGGUCACGUCAACCAAGGCUCUGGCAGAUGUACUGGUUAACAGGUCUUACGACUUUGAGAAGACUCGGGCAUUGGCUGCAUCCAUAGGGUGGGUUACUGGCACUGGCGUUAUUCUUGCCGAAGGAGAUGUACACCGGGUUCAACGAAAGAACUUGAACCCGGCAUUUUCGUUCCGUCAUAUCAAAGAACAAUAUCCCAUUUUCUGGCAGAAAUCACUGGAGAUGGCUGAUAGAAUUGCCACGGCUAUUGAAAGCCUUCCCGAGAACGAAAAGGUCAUUUCUUUUGGAGACUAUACCGGAAGGGCAACUCUAGAAAUCAUUGGCCUAGCGGGUAUGGGUUAUGAUCUAGAGUCAGUCAACGAGCUUCGAGAAGAGUACCGGAAGAUGUUCUCGAGACCAGACGCUAUGACUAGGUUGGUCCAAAAUAUCGUCUUCCUGACCUGGCCUGAGAUGUUCUUUUAUCUGCCGCUGCCAUACGUAAAUCAGAUCACUGCAGCAUCCCAAAAAGUCCGCGUUAUCUCACGUCAACUUGUCCAGCGGAAACGACAAGAGCUCCUUUCCAAGAAGAUAGACGAUUCAAGCGGUGAUAUCAUAUCUGUUGCCCUUGAAAGCGGCAACUUUACGGAAGAAGGUCUAGUAGACCAGAUCAUGACCUUCCUAGCUGCCGGCCAUGAGACAACAUCGGUUUCGCUCCAAUACGGAACAUAUAUCCUAUGCACCCACCCAAAUGUCCAAAGAAGGUUACGGGAAGAGAUCCGAGCUAAAAUUCCGUCUCCAGGACUAAAUAGGGAUGCCAAUGGGCUGCCACAUAUAUCCGCAUCCCUUCUCGACACAUUACCUUACCUCAACGCAUUCUGCAAUGAACUUUUCCGUUUUUAUCCUCCAGUCACCAUAACCACUCGUUAUGCGGUUCGCGAUACGUUUAUAGCCGGUCAACCCAUUAAAAAGGGAACGGAUAUUAUCAUCGCGCCACGAGCAACGAAUCGUAAUCCCGAGUUUUGGGGCCCGGACGCAGACGUCUUUAACCCAGAUCGUUGGUUGGCCCCUGGCUGCGCAAAUACUGGUGGAGCAGAUACUAACUAUGCUUUCCUUACUUUUAUACAUGGGCCGCGAAGCUGUAUUGGAAGCUCGUUUGCGAAGGGCGAAUUGAUGUGCUUGGUUGCUGCGCUUGCAGGGAGAUUUGAGAUGGAACUAGAAGACCCAGAGAAAGAGCUGGUAAUUACGCCUGGACUAACCAACAGGCCAGCAGAUGGAGUUAGGGCAAGGCUGAAAGUUUUGGAAGGCUGGUAG